GGAGAAAUUGAACAGCUGGCAGAAUGAGUAACGGCUCCGUUGUCUGUUAGGGCAAAAAGAAAUGCCUCUCUUUCUCUGCAACUCCCAAACCCUUCCAAACCCUAAUUCCUACCACUCUUCCAACUAUCAGGAUUAUUCAAGUCUUCUCAGCGAUCAAGCGGAGGGUUUGCUACUGUUCUGUAUGAUCGUCUCGCGAUGAAAAUUUGAUUGCCUUUAAGGCGAUCAAGAUGACACAACCAUCGGUGAUCCUUGCAACGGCUAGCUAUGAUCAUACAAUUCGGUUUUGGGAGGCCAAAAGUGGGAGGUGCUACCGAACUAUUCAGUAUCCUGAUUCGCAAGUUAAUCGACUUGAAAUAACCCCAGAUAAGAGACAGCUGGCUGCAGCUGGAAAUCCUCAUAUUCGACUGUUUGAUGUGAAUUCAAGUACCACACAACCUGCAAGGAGCUUCGAUUCGCAUACCAACAAUGUUAUGGCAGUUGGAUUUCAGUGUGAUGGAAAAUGGAUGUACUCAGGUUCUGAAGAUGGCACAGUUAAGAUUUGGGAUAUGAGGGCUCGGGAAUGUCAAAGGGAAUAUGAAAGCCGUGCAGCUGUAAACACGGUUGUUCUGCACCCAAAUCAGACUGAACUGAUAUCUGGUGACCAAAAUGGCAAUAUACGUGUGUGGGAUUUGACAGCCAAUUCAUGCAGCUGCGAAUUGGUACCAGAAGUGGAUACUGCUGUAAGGUCUUUAACUGUGAUGUGGGAUGGCAGCUUGGUUGUUGCUGCAAAUAAUCAUGGAACAUGUUAUGUUUGGCGCUUGUUACGAGGGAACCAGACUAUGACCAACUUUGAGCCACUUCACAAGCUACAAGCACAUGAUGGAUACAUUCUUAAAUGUCUCCUUUCACCUGAGUUUUGUGAGCCCCACAGAUAUCUGGCCACAGCAUCUUCUGACCAUACUGUGAAAAUUUGGAAUGUAGAUGGUUUCACUUUAGAAAAGACCUUAGUAGGACAUCAGCGCUGGGUGUGGGACUGUGUUUUCUCUGUGGAUGGUGCCUAUCUUAUCACAGCUUCUUCUGAUACAACAGCAAGACUUUGGUCCAUGUCAAACGGCCAAGACAUCAAAGUCUAUCAAGGACAUCACAAAGCAACUGUUUGUUGUGCUCUUCAUGAUGGAGCUGAGCCCUCUGCUGCCUGAAUCUGGAAUUGUGUGUGGGGUUCACCUUGCUUGUGCCAUUGAGGUUGUGUAUGGAUGUUUCCAUUGUCAUUUCAUCUUUAAGAGAAACAAAUCUUAGCUUUUUGGACAUGGAUGCCUAGUAAACUUUCUCAGUUUACAUCAGCUUUUGCAUCUCUUAUAAAAGAAAAAAAAUUGCUGUUUAAGGCAUAUAUGCUUUGAUUGUAUCCCUAAUUUCGAUUUUUCUUUUGUAGCAUGAUGCCCCAAUUCCAGCAUUUCAAUUUAAAUUCUCCCUUCA